UGAGAAUGUGAAGGAAUUGGAAGUUCACACACAUUGCAGGAAUGUUGCGCUCAUUCAGAAAACAGUUUGACAGCUUUUCAGAAUGGCCGACCUGCAGGGGCUGGUGGAGAGAUUGGAGCGCGCGGUCAGCCGGCUGGAGCACCUGUCCGCGGAGUCGCACAGGCUUCCUGGGGGCUGUGGGGAAGUGAACGGUGUCAGCGGAGGUGUGGCACCGUCCGUGGAAGCCUUUGACAAGCUGAUGAACAGCAUGGUGGCAGAGUUUUUAAGGAACAGCAGGACCCUAGCUGGCGACGUGGAGACUCAUGCAGAAAUGGUACACGGGGCUUUCCAAGCCCAGCGGGCUUUCCUCCUCAUGGCCUCUCAGUACCAACAACCCCAAGAGAACGAGGUGGCUGCGCUUCUGAAACCCAUCUCGGAAAAGAUUCAGGAAAUCCAGACCUUCAGAGAAAGAAACCGGGGCAGUACCAUGUUUAACCAUCUUUCGGCCGUGAGCGAGAGCAUCCCGGCCCUGGGAUGGAUAGCCGUGUCCCCCAAACCUGGUCCUUAUGUCAAGGAGAUGAAUGAUGCUGCCACCUUUUACACUAACAGGGUCUUAAAGGACUACAAACACAGUGACCUACGCCAUGUGGAUUGGGUGAAGUCAUACUUGAACAUUUGGAGUGAGCUGCAAAUGUACAUCAAGGAACACCACACCACAGGCCUUACCUGGAGCAAAACAGGUCCUGUAGCAUCAGCAUUUUCUGUCCUCUCUGGGCCUGGCCUCUCACCACCCCCUCCUCCGCCACCUCCUCCGGGCCCGCCUCCACUUUUUGAGGACGAAGGCAGAAAAGAAGAGUCCUCUCCUUCUCGCUCAGCUUUAUUUGCCCAGCUUAACCAGGGAGAAGCCAUCACAAAAGGCCUGCGGCAUGUCACAGAUGAGCAGAAGACCUAUAAGAACCCCAGCCUUCGAGCACAAGGGCAAACUCGAUCUCCAACCAAAAGCCACACACAGAGCCCCACGUCUCCCAAGUCUCACUCUCCACAGAAACACGCUCCCGUGCUGGAGUUGGAAGGGAAGAAGUGGAGAGUGGAGUAUCAAGAGGGCAGGAAUGACCUUGUAAUUUCAGAGACUGAACUGAAACAAGUGGCUUACAUUUUCAAAUGCGACCAGUCUACCCUCCAGAUAAAAGGGAAAAUAAAUUCUAUUACAAUAGAUAACUGUAAGAAGCUUGGCCUUGUGUUUGACAAUGUGGUGGGCAUUGUGGAAGUGAUCAACUCCAGGGACAUUCAGAUUCAGGUAAUGGGAAGAGUGCCAACAAUUUCCAUUAAUAAGACAGAAGGCUGCCACAUAUACCUCAGUGAAGAUGCAUUAGACUGCGAGAUUGUGAGUGCCAAGUCAUCUGAGAUGAAUAUACUCAUCCCUCAGGAUGGUGAUUAUAGAGAGUUUCCCAUCCCUGAGCAGUUCAAGACAACCUGGGAUGGAUCCAAGUUGAUCACUGAGCCUGCAGAAAUCAUGGCCUAAGCUCCACAGACCGAAGACCCUCCCCCAAGUGUCUGCAGUCAAACAAGCAAAAACAAACAGCAUUAAAGAGCUACACCACAGGGUCUGGUAGCACUGACUGCUUUAGUUUAAGCCUCUGACAGUUCCGUGCUGUGGAAACAGCACCUUUUCUGGCACGCCUCCGUGGGCAUUUUGAAAUAUUUAACACUUCUUCAUGAUCUGCCUUUGUGUGUGAUUUUAAUUCUACAUGAUAAUUUGUAAGCACUACAGAUUUCAAGGAAAAAGAAAAAAACUUCUGUUCCCCUCAUGUCACUGACACAGUAACAUGUAGGUAAAAACACUGCAUGAUUUGCUUUUACACUUACGUUUAAUGGCUCGUUAAAAAACAAAACCUUUGAGAAUCUAUGUACAUUUUACCUUCAGACAAUUACAAUAUGAUGUAGUAGCAGUGUGCCCUGAAAAUUGUAUGAUUUUUUUUCUACAUGUUCACGUUUAUCAGUCAGGAUACACUGUCACUGUGAAUACAUAUUUUAGUCACACUUUUAAGAAAUAUAAAAACAAUUCCAUAUAAGGACCAAAUUCAAUUUCUUGGUCCUUGGAAGAUGUAUAUCCUUUAUGCUAACUAAAGAACAAAAGUACAUUCUAAGCCAGGCAUGGUGACAUACCUGUAAUCCCAGAACUCGGGAGGCUGAGGCAUGAGGAUCGCCGU